CGACGGCGCCUGGUGUUUACAUGCGGCAUGUAGGAGGUGGUGGAGUUGACACUUACACACACUCGCUCUCUCAUACUCGUAUUUACGUCUUUGGGGGCCAAGAUGAAGAGUUUCUUCCUGCUUGUGUUGAUUUUAAGCGUCUCUGUUGGCCAAGAUGAUGUAGAGCCUAGGAUAACAAUAGAUCCAGACGGAGAGAUACCAGUCAUUGAGGGCACUGGUGGUAACAUCGACAUUGUUGAGGAAGAUGAUGUUUUGGUGCUGACUAGAGAUAACUUUCUUCAUGUGGUUAACCCAAAGGAUGCAAUACUAGUUGAAUUUUAUGCCCCAUGGUGUGGUCAUUGUAAGCAACUUGCUCCUGAAUAUGCAGCAGCAGCAAAGGAGUUGAAAGAGGAAGGGAUAAGAAUAGGUAAAGUGGAUGCCACCAAAGAGCAAGAGCUGGCCAAGGAGUACUUGGUGUCUGGUUAUCCAACUAUUAAGCUCUUCAAAAAGGGUAAUCCUGUUGAAGAUUACAGUGGUGCAAGAACUGCCGAAGCUCUGGUGGAUUAUAUGCGUAUGCAUGCUGACCCAAACUACGUUCCUCCUCCCUCUGCUGUCACGGUCCUCACUGCUGCUAACUUUUCAAAAACUGUAAAGUCCUCGGACCUGAUUCUUGUAGAGUUUUAUGCUCCUUGGUGUCGACACUGCAAAGCUCUUGAACCUGAGUACGAGGCUGCAGCACAAGAUCUUCAAGCAAACAACAUUCCCCUGGCUAAGAUUGAUGGAACACAGGAAAAGGAAGUAGCUGAUGAAUAUGGAGUGUCUGGAUAUCCAACUUUGUUGGUAUUUCGCAAUGGAAGACGAUUUGAAUAUAAGGGUAAGCGUGAUCAUUCUGGAAUUGUUGAAUAUAUGAAGGAACAAGCAAAAUUGCCUUCAAGAGAGGCAAUGACUCCACUAGAGGCCCAGAAUAACUUUGCAAGGAAGGAAGCAAAUGUAAUUGCCUAUUUUACAAAAAAGAAUGAUAUGUUUGAUGAAUAUAUUGGAGCUGCAAAUGAAUUAAGAGGCAAAUUGUCAUUCUUCCAUACUUUUGAUGAAGUAACUUCUGAACAUUUCAAACUGAAGCCCAACACCAUUACUAUUCUGAUGCCAGAGAUCUAUUUCUCAAAGUAUGAGGACAAUGUCUCCAAAUAUACUAAGGCAACUGGAACAUACAAGGAAAUUGCUGCUUGGAUUGCUAAGAAAAGUGUUCCUCUGGUUGGACAACGGACAAGAAGUAACAUGGAAUUCAAAUAUGCCACUCGACCUCUUGUGGUGGUGUAUUAUGAUGUAAACUUUACUCACCAGUAUGUGGCAGACACCCAAUUCAUUCGUAACAAGAUACUUCCUGUGGCUGAUAAGAAUAGAGACAUCCUCUUUGCCAUUUCCAAUGAAGAAGAAUUUGAAGAAGAGAUAAAAAGUCUUGGCUUGGAAGACUCUGGAGAGUCUGUUAAUGUUGCAGGUUUUGUAAACAAUUUCAAAUACCCAAUGGAACCUGAUGAUGAUUUCAGCUCUGAAGUUCUUAGUGAUUUUGUUGAAGAACUUAAAACUGGGAAGCUAACUCCUUACCUGAAGUCUCAACCGGUUCCCAAGCGGCAAGACAGUCCAGUACGUGUAGUUGUAGCCAAGAGUUUUGAAGAGGAAGUGAUGCUAACGAAGAAGGAUGUGCUCAUUGAGUUUUAUGCUCCAUGGUGUGGCCACUGUAAGAACCUGGAGCCAGCAUACAAAAAAUUAGCUAAACAGUUGUCAAAGACUAAUCCAGAUGUUGUGGUUGCGAAGAUGGACGCUACGGCUAAUGAUGUACAUCCUUUGUUCAAAGUGGAAGGAUUUCCAACUAUCUACUAUCUGAAAGCAAUCGAGAAGGAUAAUCCCAUCCCAUUCAGUGGGGAAAGAUCCUUAAAAAAGCUGAAGGAGUUUGUUGCACAAGAAGCCACCAUAUUUGAAAAAGAUCAAUCCAGAGAUGAAUUAUAGAUGGAGGAUGCAUUCCAAUAAGUGUCCAUUAAAUUCCUGAACAGAUUUUGGAUCAAAAUUUCUAAAAGUAAUGUAAGAGUAUGACAGUUACUAGGGGUGAGGAUCUGAUAAUCCAAAAUUGGGAAUUUACUUGCUGUUGAAGGUCUGAUAAUUUAGUUGAAUUAACUUUAUUGUAUGUAUUUGUAAUAGAUGUAAGUACUACAUAAAGAAUUUACUUGUUUAAUUUUGAUGAUUACUAGUUUCACUGAAGUUACAUGUAUGUGUCACUUGACUUAUGGUUUCAACCAAACAUGAUUCUUUAACAUCGUGUAGUGUUGAAAUAUUUUGAUAUGUAUCACCAUUGUACAUAAUUAAUAACAACUAUUCUUAGUUAAUGAACACUGUACACUAAACUUUUUUUUUUUUUUCUUGAGAGGUAUAUAGGCAUGGGUAAAGUGAAUGCUAGAUAUACAAAACUUGUAUGUACGUCAGGUGUUGAAGUAAAAAGCAUUCCUGGCAUACGUGUGUCUGGACUCUUCCCUUUAAGGAGCAUCACUCGGCCUUUCUAGUGGUUUAUAGUAGGCAGGAAAGUGUAACUAUUUCUAGAGUGUAUAUCACGAGGGCUUGGGGCAUUUUUUUUUUUUACACACCAUUGGAAAGGAGGGGGAAUACAUUCAUCGUUUAUCAAAAUAUAACUGAGACGGGCCAUGCACUCUUACACUGCACCUUAAAAACUGUAGUGUUCAGUAAUUUGUCUUUUGUAAUUAGACUACACCUAAUAUUUAACACUUUUUGUGACAAUGCAGCCACAUGGCUGUUGGCGAAUUUCAGGUUUGACUGCACACACACACACCUGUGUCGAACUUCACAGAACACAUGUCGCCUUGGUCAUUUGAACCCUAGUUUGCUCUCUGGACCAUUUCUGUAGUGGCCAAUGGAACUCUGUACUUUAUUUAAAAGGGUACAGAUAUUUAGUGCAUUCCAUGUAUAGAAUAUUGACUUUAACCCUGUAUUGUUAAAUUGGUUGAGAUUUUUUCUAAUUUUAUAAAAUAAAAGGUAUAAGUUAA